AUGUCGGUCGCCACAGAGAUCAUCCAUCAGACCAACAGUGAAAUCAUCCAAAUUGUCGCCAUGUCGGAGUCGGGUAGUGAAGCAAGCAAGGCUGCAAAGAAGAGAGAAUACAAUCGCAACGCCCAACGAGUGUUUCGCCAAAGGCGCAAAGAACACUUGAGCAAACUCGAAGCCGCUCAGCGCGAACUGAACAGUAUCCAGGUCGAAGAAGUCGAACGCCUUCGGCGCGAGAACCAGGCACUCGCGCAAGAAAACGAGUCCUUGAAGGCUGCUUAUGGAUCGCAAGCCAGCUCACCGGGACCGACAAUGAGCCCUGGGGAGGUCAGAGGAUCUCCUUCGGGUUAUAUGGCAUAUGGAGCUGCGCCUGGUGGCUACCUGAGCACGGUCUCAGGGGCCCCUUCCUACGUCCCCGGCCCUGUCACAGUCUCGAUGCCUCAGCCAGCCACGACACCCUUAUCGAGCGCCAGCAGCGAUCCCAGCACCCUCGUCGUUGUUGUCCCCAACAACAUCCGCGAAAUACGUCGAUCGCUUCACCACAUGUUCUCUCCUCUUCUCGAAAUCCCCGUCAUUUCUAACCCACAGACGCAUUUGGCCACGUUGGCAGCCUUGGAACCGUCGCUACCGAGUUCUUUGAAGCCCUCGCAACUCCAACUGUCCACACCACAUCAUGCUUACAUAGACAUGAUCCCCUCUCCCAGCCUCAGAGACCGACUCAUUGCAAUUGGUCCUGCGAAUGCCAAUACAUUCUUAACAGAGGCUUGCACAGUAGCAUGCGACAUUGAAGAUACAGGGCAGAUGAUAGUGUGGGGGGAAGAUUGGCUCAAUGAAUUUUCCUGGGAAUUUUCUGCGAGCGUGUUGGAACGCUGGGGAGGUUGGCUUCUCACUUCUGAAUGGGGUCAGAGAGCAAACUUCUGGCGACGUCAAAGAGGAGCUCCGAUCCUUCCGGGCUACGAUUGA